AGACGUCGCUCCCACAAGGGCAAGGGGGGCAAGGGCGCGGGUGGAGCUGGAGGGGGCGGUGGCAGUGGCGGCGGUGGCGGCGGAGGGAGUGGGGGUGGCGGCGGGGCUAGUGGCGGGGGUGGUGGUGGUGGUGGCGGCAGCAGCGGCGGAGACGGUGGUGGUGGUUCCAGCGGUGGUGGUGGAGGCAGCGGCGGAGGUGGAGGUGGGGAGGCGCGGAGGUGGAGGCAGUGGAGGAGGCAGCGGAGGAGGCAGUAGUGGUGGAGGAGGUGGAGCUGGGCUGGUGUAG